AUGUACAACACCUAUUUAAGUAUUGCUGCUGCUGCCACAACCUCUGGCCAGGAUCAGGCAGGCAGUUGUCACAACACCAUUGCCAUGGCUCGACAUCAUGCAAAACAAUUAAUGCAAAACCACCUGAAUAGUUUAAAUAACAAUAGCAACAACAACAACAGCAACAAUAAUAACAAUAAUGCCCACCAAAUGAUGCAACAACAACAACAACAUUCGCACAGUCAAUCUCUCAAGUCAAGGGGGGAAAGUGAAAACAAGAAUAACAAUUUACAAGUCUUAAGUACAACAACAACACCUUCAACAUCGCCACAGCCUCAGACCCCGGCACGACCCCCAGUAGCAGCAUCAUCCUCUCCCAGAGGAGGUCUCACAACAAUGGCUAGCCCCCACCAGCACCACCACCAUAGCAACAACAACUCAAUGGGUAUGGAUAAUGUUGUAAUGUUUCAGCAGCAAUUAAAACAAUUCUAA